CUCUUUCUCUAUCUUCAAGUUCAAACCAAAAACAAGCCACCAAAUACCAAUAAACAAUUUCGUUUAUCUAAUUGGAAAUAUUGAAAAAACAAACAGAAAAAAGUAAAAAAGGAACAGAAAAAAAAGCCAUAAAUUUAUGCAACAAACCCUACCUUCUUCUAUGCUCUAAAGAGGGUUUAUUUAUCUUUUACUCCUCUUUUUAAGUAAUCUCACUUCAUUUAUCUCUCUCUCUCUCUCUAUUUCUUUUGCUUCCUUUUGGUAUUUGCUUUGUAUGUUUGUUUUGAGAUCAAAAUGGCUUCAAGUGCUUCAAAGUUCAUCAAGUGUGUGACUGUUGGUGAUGGUGCUGUUGGUAAAACCUGUAUGCUCAUCUGCUACACCAGCAAUAAAUUCCCCACUGACUACAUACCAACAGUUUUUGACAACUUUAGUGCAAAUGUUGUUGUUGAAGGCACCACUGUCAAUUUGGGGCUUUGGGACACUGCUGGGCAAGAAGACUAUAACAGAUUAAGGCCUUUAAGUUACAGGGGAGCAGAUGUUUUCGUCUUGUCUUUCUCAUUAGUCAGCCGAGCUAGCUACGAGAAUGUUUUUAAAAAGUGGAUCCCUGAACUCCAACACUUUGCUCCAGGAGUUCCCCUUGUCCUUGUUGGUACCAAAUUAGAUCUUCGUGAAGAUAAGCAUUAUUUGGCUGAUCAUCCUGGACUAUCCCCUGUAACUACUGCACAGGGAGAGGAGUUGCGUAAGCUAAUUGGUGCGACGUAUUACAUUGAGUGUAGUUCAAAAACUCAACAGGUAUAUGAGGCAGCUUCUUUAUGUUACUCUUUUCUUCGGAUUAACAAAGCGAUGAAGUUUAUAUAUUGCAGAAUGUGAAAGCAGUUUUUGAUUCUGCGAUAAAGGAAGUGAUCAAACCUCUGGUUAAACAAAAGGAGAAGACUAAGAAGAAGAAGAAGCAAAAGUCGAAUCACGGCUGUUUAUCAAAUGUUCUGUGUGGGAGGAUAGUGACUCGGCAUUGAUGACGAUGACCCAACUCAGUCUGAUGAUUUUAAACUCCACUUUUGAGAUUGUGUGAUAAACGAGAGACUUUAUAUUAUAUAGAUUGAAUCAUGUAAGAGAUUAUUAGCCUCUAAUCAAUCAAUAGUUACCUUGAAGAGAGAAAGAGGGGGAGGUAGAGAGCUUAUUAUUAAUUCAAUUGUGUUUAUUUGUUUCAAACCUGUUAUUGCAAUAUAUUAGCCAUUUUGAUACAACAGAGAAGCUCUCUCUUCCUUCGCUUAACCCUGUGAAGACAAGCAGUUAUUGUCCUACAUUAG